CAAUAUUGUCGUCAAUUGAGACCAAAUUUGCGUCUUAUUUGUUUGAAAAGCAAAGCAUUUGAGAGUUUAAUACAAUUUAAACGAUAAAAUGCAACACCAAAUGGAAAACCGUAAGAAUUUUAACCCUCCGGCGGCUAAUACUGUUAGCUAUGAAAACGGGCCCAAAGUUUCGUAUGAUUUCUAUUUCAAAAUAUUUGGGCUUAUAUCGACGGGACUGGACUUUGGACAGAGAUAUGGGCCCAUAAAACAGGACAGAACUUCAGCGAACCUGAAAAGGCUUUAUUGUCAACUAAUUUGUGCCAUUUUAUGGUUCUUCGCCAUCCGAUCGUUUGUUUUGAUGUUUAUCGGCGACCGAGAGAUUCAGCUAAUGUUAGGCGAUAUCUCCGGCUUCUGGAAUGACUAUCGCAUGUAUUACUUAAUGCCGACCUUUUAUUACGCCCUCCAGAGCGCUAUCACUGCAACCAUUUUCGUUAGAAAUGAACAGGAAUUGGCUUGGCUCGUGCCCUUUGUGUCAGUGAAACAGCUUCAGUCCAAUAGCGCCCGAACCGCCAAAUAUGACACCAAUAGUCACGAGAAAAGAACCAGAAUUACAAUAGUUAUCAAUAAUCUGAUAGUCAUUGCGUCGACCGGUUUAGUGGGCGCUCUGUAUGUGAUGACUGCCUGGGAAAACAUGGAAAUGUCGUCUUUCCGGCUCUUCAUCCCGUGGAUCGGUAUUCAGACUCUAUGGGUGUUCUACAUGUCGGGGAUCAACAUGUUUACCAUGACGUACUUCAACCUCAUAUGUCUUAUUCUUAGCAAUCGCUUCAAACAGGUGUGCAAAGACAUCGAAGCCUUAGCCGAAUCAGAUCCGGGACCGUUGGGCAGCAAAAACAACGCUCUCUCCACUCUAUACUACGAACACAACGAGAUCUGCGAAUUGGUGGACGAGUCCAACAACUUCUGGCAAUCGUUCAUAUUCUUCAACUACAUGUGUCACAUCCCAUGCAAUUGCUAUGCGCUCUACAAUCUAUUCUUCGCUGAAUUUGAUGAUCUUCUGGCGAUCGUCACGUGGACUGUAUUCCUACACACUUUGCUUUUCCUCGGAUUUAUAUCGCUGUCAGCGGCCGACGUGUCCGCAGAAGCUCACAGCCCUUACACAGCGUUGCAUACAUUAUCUCUGCUUCAACUGCCCAUUGAUCUGGAAGUUAAUAUGUCGACAUUCUUGCAUCGGGUGAGAGGACCCACUAUUGGCUAUUCAUGUCUCGAUCUGUUUGUUAUAACAAACGCCAGUAUUUCAAAUACCAUCGCUGCGGUGGCCUCAUACUUCUUGAUUGUGGCCGACUUCAGUCGAUCCACAGCUGCGGCCAAUGCGGCCGAGAAGAAGAUAGAGGCGGCUAAGGCUGCUCUCAACGCAACUCUCGCUAAUACUGGAACCGCUCAAUGAUUUAUUGCUAC